GGGGAGGGGAGCUCCCAGGACCAGGAAGUGUCUGACAAUCAAAGCAGUCAGAGGUUUCCUCGCACACGGACUAGGCUGAGAUCGCCCUCUGAGCCGGAGAGAACAAAAUGGCGGCCGGCGCUCAGGUCUUUCAGAGUGAGGUGUUUCGCGCAUUCGCAACGUACGCGACGAUUGUGCUUCUAAAAAUGAUGCUGAUGAGCGUAAUCACCGCGUUCUUCAGAAUCACAAGGAAGGUAUUUGCUAAUCCUGAGGACGCUGCGGUUCACGGUAAAGGGGCAGAUGCCAAGAAAUAUCUGAGAACAGAUUCUGACGUGGAACGAGUCCGCAGGUGCCACUUGAACGACAUCGAGAACAUCAUUCCGUUUGUCGGCAUCGGCUUGGUGUACGCUCUCUCUAACCCUGACCUGUUCACGGCUUUGUUACAUUUCCGAAUAUUCGCGGGAUCCAGAAUCUUCCACACCAUCGCCUACCUGACUCCGCUUCCGCAGCCGAGCCGGGCUCUGGGCUGGUUUGUUGGCUACGGAGUCACCGUUUCCAUGGCGUACAGAGUCCUGCAGAGCCUUCUCUAUCUGUAACUCGCCUUUUCAUCUGAAAUAUUCCAAGUUAAUGGUUUUGGAACAAAUUUACCUGAAAAUAAUUCUGAAUUAGUGAAGUGGACGUCGUAUAAAAUUCAACAACAUCAUUAAAAAUAUUUUCUACGUAACUCAUAUAUUACUCGUACUUUUUAUAAAAACAUAGAAAAAGAACAAAUUCAGUAAAGAUAAUGCCUUUACCGGCCAAAUGCAAGAUCUCUAGAAUAGAUUGCAAGCUUCUUAGACUAUGCAGUUGAUAAAAUAUGCCUGAAGAAGAGACCCAGAUAGUCUUGAAAGCUUACAAUCUAUUGUUUUUAAAUUAUACCAAUAAAGGCAUAAUUUUUUCUCAAA